AUGAUUUUCAACGUUGUCAUUCCUUUCUUCGCCCUAUUCUCUUCUGUGGUGUUUGCUGCUUAUUCCAACACUACUUUUGUGCCAACGACUUUGACUUUGAGCCCAACCAACUCGGUUAGCACCGAGACUUCCACCAUGACUUACGAGGAUGAGACUACUACUUUCUACAUCACUUCCACCUACUACCACACCUCGUGGUACACCCCUCUCUCCACUUCAUCUUUGGAGGCCGUUGUGACUGACAUUCCAACCACUUUUGAGAGUGCUGGUGAGUCCUACACUUCGACUGUCACCUCCACUGUGCAAAUUAUCCACACUGUCACUGGCGACAACUACCAAAACCAAAGUACCUCUGACGCAUGUGUUCCAGUUACUGUCACUGUUACUGCUGAUCCAGUUACUAAGUACGUGACUGUCACUCCAAUCUCUUCAGAGUAUCAAUGGAAGAACGCUACUCAAACUGCUUAA